AUGGCGACUGUUAAACGUAAGGUUAUUGUUAAAAAGAUUCCGCCCGGUGGUAAUCCAAAUCCACCGAAGCCCAUACCCAUUACAAUGUCGCAACAGGACUAUGAAAAGGCUUGCGUUGAAUCGCAUAACAAAUUUCGUGUCACACACGGCACAGCGCCGCUCACCAUUAACCCCACACUGACGCAGGUGGCAACCAAAUGGGCGCAUAAUCUCGCACAGCGCCAGAAAAUGGAACACAGCCCCGAUGGCAAAUAUGGUGAAAAUAUUUAUUAUAGCAGCGGUCAGCAGGUGACACCUGAAAUGCCUGUGAAAAUGUGGUACGACGAGAUCGCCAAAUAUGACUUUGCCAAGUCGCAAUUUAAUCCGCACACUGGCCAUUUUACACAGCUUAUAUGGCGCGAUACAAAACAAGUGGGCGUGGCUUAUGCUGUGUCUGGUGAAAAGGCUUGGGUUGUCGCCAAUUAUGACCCGCCAGGAAAUGUGAACGGUUUCUUUCGUGAAAAUGUGCCGCCAAAAAAGUGA